AUGCAGAGUUUCAUAAUUGAUUAUAUCAAUUAUAAACUUCCUAUUUGGGCAGCUAAUGCAGUUCAUGCUAAGUAUAAAUUCACUAGGGACGUUCAGUAUAUAGUCAAAAAUGGAAAAAUUCUUCCUUUGGAUUAUAUAAAUACAGGUGUUACUCAAAUUAAUACUUAGUACUAAGACGGUAUCCACUAAUUCUUGUAAUUAAAAGAAAAGGUUCCUUUAACGAAUUUAAAUCUUGUUACUAAUUAUUCAUCAAACAUUAAUUUUUUCAGGAGAUAUCAUUCAAACCUUUAUGGACUGACAGGGACCUUAGGAACAGAAAAUAUUCGUAAUUUUCUUAACGAGACUUACAGUGUUGAUUUUCUUUACAUUCCACCUUUCAAGAAAAGAUAACUAACAGAGCUAUUUCCUUACUUGGAAGAAAAUAAAUAAAAAUGGUAAAAAAAAGUUGCUUAAGAUGUUGAAUGGGCUUGUAUUGAACAGUAAAGAUGCUGCUUGGUCAUCUGCAAAAGUAUUAAAGAUGUUGAUGAAAUUUACAAACUUAUUACAGAUAGAAAAGCAAUAAAAUCUCAGUUUAUAUAUAGAUACAUUGAUUCUGAAGACAGUGAAUCAGAAAGAGAAAUUUAAAAAUAUACUAAACCAGGCUAUGUUAUUAUAUCAACUAAUCUCGCAGGAAGAGGCUGUGAUUUAAAAAUACCAGAUAUAGUUGAGUAAAAAGGAGGAUUGCAUGUCAUAGUUACUUUUAUUCCUGAAAACUCUAGAGUACUUGAAUAAGCUUUUGGAAGGGCAGGUAGGUAAGGCUAAAAGGGUUCUGCAAGAAUGAUAAUUGAAAGCAGCAUUCUCAAUCAGCUAAAAAAAUAUUUGAACAUAUAAGAUGAUACCGAUGGAGAAUAUUUUAAAUAAAAACUCAGUGUAGAAUUGAAAAAUUAAAUUUUGAAGAAAAUAGAAGAAGAGGAAAAACAUUAGCUUUCAAUCGCUAAAGAAGAAGUCAAAAAAAUAGAAGAAUAAGAUGAGCUCUUUAAAAGAUUUUCAAACCAAAUUAACAGCUGGAAAAUUAAUUACAAAGAAGAUUAUCUUAUCUUUAAAGCUCUUGAGUUUAGAUUUGGGCUUUUUUUAGACAUCCUAAAUGAAAAACAAAAGAAAGAUCUCAAUGAAAUGUAAUAAAUGCAAGAAUCAGGAAGCAAAAGUUUAUUGUAUUUCAAAAAAGACAUUGAAAAAUUUUUCUCAGAUAUUGAAAAAGAUUACAAAUAAGGUUAAAUACUUAUUAAGCCAGAAGAUUUGUUAUACAAAAGUUGCAUUUCUUUAAUGAAAAAAGAAGAUUCAGCUUCUGAACUAAUAUAAUAAGCAAAACAUAUGGAUUAGCAAAAUCCUAUUCCUCACUAUCAAUAAAUUAUUAGCCACAUUUAGAAUAAAGAAUUUAAUAAAAUUGAACCAGAGUACAAACAAUUUAGAGAAAAGAUAGAAAUCAAAAAAGAAGAGCACUCUAUGUUGAGAGUAGCAGUGUAAAAUAGUAAAUAAAUACGAUAAUAAUAGUUAAGAAAUUAAUUAGAAUAAGAAAUUAAUCUACUUGGUAACAUAGAGUAAGAUCUUUUUCAAUUUAACUAGGAGCUUAAUAUCUAACCAAUUCAAUUUCAGCAAUUUCAAAAUUAAGCAUUUCAGGCAAGGAAUUUGAAUUUAAGUUCGUUAAAUAACUUACAAAAUAAUUUGAAUCUACCAUAAUAGUAAAAAUAUAUGAUUUAAAAACUUAAAUUAGAGUAAAUCGAAAACUAAAAAUAAGUAAUAAAGGAUUUAUAAAUAAAAUUAGAUGAAUUAAAAACAAAUGAAAAGUAAUUAGAAAUUAAUAUGAUUAAUGAUGAGAAACAUCUAUAAGUUUAUUAAGCUAUUUCUAAAUAACUUGAAGAAAAUCUUUCAUAAUUAAAUAAAAUAAGUGGAUCAGAAGAUUAUGAAAUUAAUGUUGAUUUCGAAAAUGCUUCAGAACUUAAAACUUACAUGCCAGAUUAUGAUGGACUCUUCCAAGAUAUCACAGAAUUAGAAUAAAUGUUGGCUAAUGACGGAUUACCCUUAAUUGGAAAAGUUUAAGCUAAAAAAAAGAAAAAGAGAUUUUGGGGAUGGAUAGUUAAAUUGGUAGCUGGGGUUGUAUAAAUUGUUGUUGGAGCAGCUCUAACUUACUUUUCUGCUGGGGCUGCCUCUAGUGUAGGAAUAAGUUUGAUAUUUGAGGGAUGUGUGGAUGUGUUUCAAGCAAUUAAAGCUGGUAUUAAUAACGAAGAUGUAGAUUUAGGUUAGUACUUUUAAAAUAAGGUUGUGUCUCUAUCACUCGCAUGCGCCUUAGCUGGCUCAUAAGCUCUAGCUGAAACUGGUUAGCUUUUUAAAUAGGGUGCUGAGUAUGCAGCUAAAAAUGGUAUUUUGAACUCGACUAAAAAGUUACUUUCUUCAGAAGUAAUAUUGGGUGGACUGAAAAAAGCUGGAUAAAAAGCUAUCGAGCUUAAUAAUAUUUAAAUGAUUGGCGGCCUUAUAUCAGCAAGAAUGUAAUAAACAGAUAUAAGGUAGAAAACUUAAGAAUAAGUAAAUUAGGAAGAUGAACAAGAAUAAAUUAAUGAAGAACAAAAGCAAAAUUUUUAAAAAAAAUUAGAAUAAAUUAAAAAAUCGAAAGAAUUAAAAAAUUAAUUUAUUAACAUCCAAGAAAAAGAAAGAUAGUACCAAUAAUUCUUAGAAUCAAUACGUGAUGAAGUUGAAAGGAUUGCCAAUUAAGAAGUUAGGAUGAAUUAUUCAGAUAUCUUAACAUAAUUAGUAUUUCUUAUUAAAUCUAACCCAGAAAAUAAAAGCAAGAUAGAAAAUCUUUUAAAUUACAGUUACUUAUCAAUUGACAUUGAAAAAAAAGACUAAAUAUUUGAAAAUGCUAGCUAAGCCCUUAUUUAAUCUAAUUUUAAUAGAACAAAGGCUUUGAUUAAUCUUAAACCUUGCUUACAAUAAUUACUAGAUGAGCUGUUUAUGAAAGUUGAUGAAAAAAUGAGUACUAAAGUUUCUAUUUUUAAAUUUAUUUUAGAGAAAGCAAUGACUUAAUAUGCUUAAAAAAGAAAGUAAUAUCUUGAAGACUCAGUAAAUAAUUUUAAUCAAUUAUAAAUAAAUGUUGAUUAAUAAAUGUAAAAAUAAAAAAAAACAUUUGAAUAAGAAGUUUAAAGCCUCAAAAAUUCAUAAUAAUUAAUUUAAAAUAGGCAUUAAAAUAUAGAAUAAAGAUAAAAUGAAUUAAAAAACAUGAGUUAUGGUUUGAAUUAAUAUGAUUAAUAUGCAGUUAAUAAUUAUAAUUAGUAAGUACGAAAUUUGACUUAGGAAAUAGAUAAUUUUAACAAUGAAUAGUAACAAAAUAAUUUAAAAGUUUAACAGAUUUAAAACUAUUAGCAAAUGCUAGUUAAUGAAGCAAAAUAGAAAGAAAAUCUACUUAAAAAUGAACAAUAAAAAAUCUAAAAUCUUUAAUUUUCUAUAAAAAAAGAAAUAGAAAACUUAGUUUAAAAAAUUUAAGAAUAAUAGACUUAAAAAAGGUAUGAAGAUAUCUUGAUAAGUAUGUAAGUAUUUAAUUCAGACAAAAUUACUUUAAAUAGGGGAUUUUAUAAAAAAACACUUUUAGAAAAUGAAUUAAAUAAUAUUUUUGGUAACCGCUAAUUUUCAAGUGAGAUAGUUAGUUACAUCUUUUCAUAAUAGUUUUAAGCUGAAUAGACAAAAAUACUUUAACUAAAAGAAGAGUUUAUUGAAUAUGUGACUGAGAAAACUAACGAUAGAGUUAUUAUGCCAAUGCUCCAACAAGCUUAUAAUAAGUUAAUUAAAUAAGAUAUUACAUUAGCUGAGUCUAGAAUUAAAUAGUUAGCAGAAGAAAUCAAUAAAAACUAAUGA